AUGCUGGGGUGCUGGCGGGCUGCCUCAGCCAUCUCUGCGGGGAGCGGGUGGCGGGCGGGCUGUGUGCGGGGCCGCCGCCGCCUCUCCAUGGCGAAAAGCAAGUUCGAGUAUGUGCGGGACUUUGAGGCGGACGACACCUGUCUGCCCAACUGCUGGAUAGUGGUCCGGCUGGACGGCCGCAACUUCCACAGGUUUUCUGAGCAGCAUGAGUUCAAAAAACCAAAUGAUGACCGUGCGCUUCAUCUGAUGACCAAGUGUGCCCAGACAGUGAUGCAAGAAUUGGAGGAUAUUGCUAUUGCUUAUGGACAGAGUGAUGAAUAUAGUUUUGUUUUCAAAAAGAAGAGUAGAUGGUUUAAAAGAAGAGCAAGUAAGUUCAUGACUCAUGUGGUCUCCCAGUUUGCCUCAAGUUACGUUUUCUAUUGGAAGGAUUACUUUAAGGACCAGCAACUUCUGUACCCACCAGGAUUUGACGGACGAAUUGUGUUGUAUCCCAGCAACCAAAAUUUAAAGGACUACCUCAGCUGGAGACAAGCAGAUUGCCAUAUUAAUAAUCUUUAUAAUACAGUGUUUUGGAUGCUUGUACAGCGAAGUGGUUUGACACCAGUGCAAGCACAGGAUAGACUCCAGGGAACUUUGGCUGGAGAUAAGAAUGAAAUCUUAUUUUCUGAAUUCAACAUAAACUACAACAAUGAACCUUUGAUGUAUAGAAAAGGGACUGUCUUAAUAUGGCAGAAGAUUAAUGAAGUCAUGACUAAGAAAAUAAAACUGCCAAAGGAAAAGGAAGAAAAGGAAGUUCAAGUGACCCGGACUAGGACUAAAGUUGUUCCCCUGCACUGUGACAUUAUUGGGGACCAGUUCUGGGAGGAAUAUCCUGAGAUUCUGGCUGAGGAUAGUUGAUAUCUCCGAUGAGUAUAACUGGUAGUUGACAUUUUGCUCUGCUUGGGUUGUUGGCAAGUGAGGAGUAUGAAUGGUGGCUGGCAGACUUUAACCUG